AUGGUCACCCCAAACUGUUACUCGAACGAUGUUCGUCGAUACGGAAAUCGGAUGAACCUCUACACAUCCUACCCGGAGCGCCGAGGAGCAUAUACCGCUCAUCCCGAUACAAGGACAAUCAUGGGCGACCGUGAGGAUGAUGUGACACCUCAAAGGAAACGCAUCGCAGUAGCAUGUGGGCGUUGUCGAAAGAGGAAGAUUCGUUGCAGUGGUGAUACCGGCAAUGGAGGUCCAUGCACUAAUUGCAAGAACGCAGGCUACGAGCCUUGUCAGUUCCUUAGAGUUGCUUCCCAGGAGACACCCAUGAAGAACGAAAGCUUCACUUACAGUCUUGAGGCUUCUCGACAGUAUCAAGCACGAGGGAGUUCUACCAUGUCGUCUCUUCCUUCAACAAACCCAUCUUACCCAGACGGUCUGCCCCCAUACACCAACGAUUCCCUCGUUUACCGUGCUCCAACUUCCUUUUAUGGGGUCAAGCCGUACUGCCCUCUUUCAACUUGGAGCCAGGGAUAUACAGACGAGCAGGGCUACAACUAUGGUCUUUAUCAACCACCUUUCCCCUCUGUUCACGACUCGGAUUAUGGAAUUGGCUAUCGAAUAGCAUCUGGAGCGUCUGGUAAGGCCGCUCUCUGCGUGGACACGGAGCCAAACUACGCCUAUAGCAGCGCGAGUGCUAUUACAACACUGCCACACCGGCCAGCUCAGGGAACGGCGGACUCGUCAAACAUUGCUUUUCAAAAUAUGGUGCCUGAUUCCAAGAGUCUAGCAUACCAGAAUAUGACAACAUCCGUCAAUGUUGGUGAUAGGGUACUGCCUGCGCCGGCUGGACGGUCAGCAAUGCCUGGCUCGUCGUACAAGAACGAUUCGGGUAGCUCUACCUACAGCGGCAGUAGCAGCAAGUCGUCUCAAGCCUCGACUUUGGAGACCUCGCCUGUGAGCAGCACUUCCGAGACGCCGUCGAGUUACACAAGUUACGAGCCCUCGAGCAUGGUCUCCGCCGCGAGCUGCGUCCCCUCGUAUCCUCCCAUAACGCUCGCUUCUCAGUUCGGCCGUGCCAGCAAUGAUCUUUACUCGCAUACAGGUUCUUCGGAAGCAGCUAUGUUUACCUCGACCGACUCCAUGCGUCACGGACCCGACAUGACGUACCGCUAUGAGGACACGACGACGGCAGUUACAGCAGCCGCUGUCUCGUCAACAGCUCGUCGUGAUCUGCCCAAUCUCAAUGGCAGCGGCAUAGGAUCACUCACGUUGGGCCAAAGCGCAGCGCACUAUCUACCACACCACUCUGCGUCUUACAUGCUACCCACUGGUGAUCUUGGAAAUGUCGGGACAGACACAGCGGCAGACAACUACCGCAAGAGUGCGGGAGCGCUUCGGGCUUGA